CCUCCUAACCUGGCAAACCGGCCAGGGUAUAGCAUUACCUCUGACCUUCCCGGGGGGCAACUGCAGCACCCGUUUCCCACCCCCCCCACCAAAAUGGAGGAGAAAUCACCCAAAAUCCCAGCCUCAGUACCCCAAUUUACCAACUGCCCCACCAUGGUGGUCCUGGUGGGGUUGCCGGCCCGCGGCAAGACUUAUAUCUCCCGUAAGCUCACUCGUUAUCUCAAUUGGAUCGGCACCCCCACCACAGUGUUUAACGUGGGGCAGUACCGGCGCAAAGCCGUGCAGAGCUACAAGAACUACGAGUUUUUCCGUCAUGAUAACGAGGAGGCUAUGCAAAUCCGCAGGCAAUGCGCGUUGGCUGCCCUUAAGGACGUCCGCAACUAUCUGAGCUCCGAGGAGGGGCAAGUGGCGGUGUUCGAUGCCACCAACACGACACGGGAACGCCGGGCCAUGAUCCUGCAAUUUGCCAAGGAGAAUGGCUACAAGGUUCUGUUCAUUGAAUCCAUUUGUGACGACCCCGCCAUCAUCGAGGAGAACAUCAAGCAAGUGAAGCUGAGCAGCCCUGACUACAAGGGCUGUGCCCAGGAAGAAGUGGUGGCCGACUUCCUCAAGCGCAUCGAAUGCUACAAAGCCACCUACGAGCCCCUGGAUGAGCAGCUCCCAAGUGGGCUGUCCUACAUCAAGAUUUUCGACGUGGGGUUGCGGUACCUGGCGAACCGGGUGCAGGGUCACAUCCAGAGCCGCAUCGUUUAUUACUUGAUGAACAUCCACGUCACCCCCCGCGCCAUCUACCUCAGCCGUCACGGCGAGAGCCAGCUCAACCUGCGGGGACGCAUCGGGGGGGACUCGGGGCUCUCCCCUCGGGGGCAGCAGUAUGCCCAGGCCCUGGCCGAAUUCAUCCGCAGCCAACGGAUCCGGGAGCUGAAAGUUUGGACCAGCCACAUGAAACGCACCAUUGAGACGGCCGAGGCCUUGGGGGUUCCCUACGAGCAGUGGAAAGCCCUCAACGAGAUCGAUGCUGGCGUCUGCGAGGAGAUGACCUAUGAGGAAAUCCAGGAGCGCUACCCCCACGAAUUCGCCCUACGGGACCAGGACAAGUAUCGUUACCGUUAUCCCAAAGGCGAGUCCUACGAGGACCUGGUGCAGCGAUUGGAACCCGUCAUCAUGGAGCUGGAACGGCAGGAGAACGUGUUGGUCGUCUGCCACCAAGCUGUCAUGCGUUGCCUGUUGGCUUAUUUCCUGGAUAAAAGCUCGGAUGAGCUGCCCUACCUCAAGUGUCCCCUACACACGGUGCUCAAGCUGACCCCCGUGGCUUACGGGUGCGAGGUGGAAUCCAUCUUCCUCAACAUUGAAGCAGUGAACACCCACCGGGAGCGGCCUCAGAACGUCGACGUCAGCCGCCCCCCAGCUGAUGCCCUGGUCACUGUCCCCCACCAUUAUUGAGGGGUCCUCGGCAAGGGGGGGCCCAGGGCCCCCCACAAAUUAAACCUUGCCUUAACAAA